GAGUAACCCUACUUGCCAACAACAACAACAUCUAUGAAAAAUAGAUCGAAAAAUCAGUGAGUGUUGAAAUACAGCAUCAUCCACACAUACUCGGUUGUGGUUGUGAAUCUAAUAGUUUUUAUAAAUAGUGAUACUUCAUCUUAGCAAUGGAAUGCAUGGUCUUAUGUACUAUUGUUACUUCAAUGAGACGUGAAAAAUAAGCAGACCAUAAAAAACAUGUCUUAUUUUAAUAUUAAGGAAACACCAAGUUCAGAGUCCAAACAAUGUGUUGUGGCUACUAAUAUACUAUUUUCCAAUAAACUUAUUGAUGAAAAUGAAAAACAAGAAAGUGAUACAUAUAAGCAUGUAGAGUCUGUUCAACAAGACCAAAAAGUCUUGGGCUGUUUACCAAAUGUCAACAUUAUUGAAAGGCAUUUAGAAUCUGAGGAGGACAUUUCUGACAAUAAUUGGGCAUGCAAGUUAAAAGCUACAUAUGAUGGAAAGCCUAGAACAACAUGUUAUGGAAAAGAUAACAGAACAAGUCCACUUCCUAACAAUUCAUCAUGCAAACCAACAAGCAUGUGUCACACAGUUCACUUGAGAAAUGAUGAUGUCACUGAUCAUGAAAAAGCUAACUACGCACUCCAUAAACAUACUGAAAAAGAUGACUUCUGCCAUGGAAAUGAUAAUGACUGCUUUGGUAAUGAAAAUUUUGAAAUGAAUUGUCAAAAGUUAAUAGAAAUGGACUCGGAUAAAGAAAGUUCUGAAAUUUACUUGGCAAAUGAACAUACUGAAACCAACAUGGCUUUUGAAUAUUGUGAAACUGAUUUGCCUUAUGAACAUAGUGAAAAUAACUUGGCAAAAGAACAUACUAAAACUAACUUGGCUAAAGAAUAUAGUGAAACUUAUAUGACUAAAGAACAUACUGAAAUUAACUUGUCUAAUGAACGAACUGAAACUAACGUUGCUAAAGAACAUUCUGAAUCUAACUUCGCUAAAGAACCUUCUGAAACUAACUUCACUAAAGAAAAUACUGAAACUUACUUGGCUUAUGAACAUACUGAAACUAACUCGGCUAAAGAACUAACUGAAACUGACUGGCUUAAUGAAGAUCCUGAAACUAACUGGCUUAAUGAAGAUAUUGAAACUAACUGGCUUAAUGAAGAUACUGAAACUGUCUGGGUUAAUGAGCAUCAUGAAAUUACUUUUGCUUGUGAACACAGUAAAACUAACUUGGCUUAUGAACAUACUGAAACUAACUUGGCAUAUGAACAUAAUGAAAGUAACAUGGCUAAAGUACAUAUAGAAACUAAUUUGGCUAAAGAACAUACUGAAACUAAAUUGGCCUAUGAAGAUUCUGACAUUGACCUUGCUAUUAAAUAUACCAAUAUUGAUUUUGGUAAUGAAAAAACAGAAAAUCACUUGGCUAAUGAAGUAAUAAAUGAACAUACUAAAAUUGGCUUGGCAAAUGUCCACAUUGAAACUUAUUCGGCUAAUAAACAUACUGAAGUCAAUUCCACAGGAAACAAAGCUAUUGAAACUGAUCACUUGGUUGUAGUUAAUGAAUGUAAAGUCGCUCAUUAUUCAGAUAAUAAAGCCUCUACUACCGAAAUCACUACUGCAAGAAACACUCUGAAUGAACUAACAGAGUCAGAAGAAUUAUGUGAGGAACCCUCCAAAACCAGACAUAGCAUAGAUUCUCAAAGUGAAACUUCAAAUGAUGUAAAUGUUGAUGCAGAAGGUCUAUGGGAGCAGUCAUUGAUAUCUGACUUCCAAAGCAUAAGAAAUGAUUUGGCACAAUAUGAGACACUAGAUAAAACUUCAAUUGAUAGAUGGCAAGUAAAAGUUAAUUCCUCUUCUAUGAAAACAAGUUCAACCAAAAGAACAAAGAUUUCUGAUAGCAAAUCCAAUCAUGAUCCUGGCGAGACUUUCCAUAGACCUUAUUCUUCAACCAGUACUUGGAAGCCAAGUGUAACAUCCACUGAUGAGUCAAAUAUCAAGUCAAGUGUUAUAUCCACUGAUGAUUCCAACAUCAAGCCAAGUGUAACAUCCACUGAUGAUUCCGACAUCAAGCCAAGUGUAACAUCCACUGAUGAUUCCAACAUCAAGCCAAGUGUAACAUCCACUGAUGAUUCCGACAUCAAGCCAAGUGUAACAUCCACUGAUGAUUCCAACAUCAAGCCAAGUGUAACAUCCACUGAUGAUUCCAACAUCAUAUCUCAGCUGAAAAUAAUCAGGAAUGAGUUGCUGCACAUUGGAACAGUGGAUGUUUUGGACCAUGAAGACCUUGGAUUACAGGCUCUGUUUCAAGAACAAUCCAUGAGAACAAAAGUUAAUGCAAAGAGCAAGUCCAGUAAAAAACGAAAAAAGCGACUCCAAAAGCUUGUAAAUCCACCGAAAAAUUGCAGUUCAGGCCUACGUCAUAAACGAUUUGCCACUUCUUUUGAGGAAUUACACCGCAGUGCACUGUUUCUGGAUAUUGACGUGGACACUAAGUUCACAUGCAGUGUGUGCCUGGAGCUCUAUUACAUUCCGACAGCGUGCAGACCUUGUGGUCACAUUUUUUGCGAUCCCUGUCUACGACGACUUACGGCACAGGGGGCAGAAAACGUGCCUUGCUCCCUGUGUCGAUCGAUUAUAGCAAGAUGUGAUGUUGAUACAGAAUUAGACGCACACUUAAUGAUGAACUAUCCGGAAAUCUAUUCACACAGAGCUAUGCAGGAACAGAUAUCCAAGUAUCGCCAUUACAAACUUCCCUUGACCAUACCAGUUCCUCUAGGCAGGAGGAUCAUCAGGCAGAUGAUUGGCAGUCGGAACAACCAGUCAGAUUGGAGCUGGAUGUCACAUGACUGGGUCAAAUUAGUAUUGGGCUGCACAGCGGGUCUGUGCCUAGCCCUGCUCAUUCUGGUGCUCUAUCGCGUUAGGACUGUGAAAGAUCUCAUGGAUGUGUUUAUUCUAUUUCUCUCCGUCGCCCUAGGGGGUUGUUUGACAGCUGUGAUAUUUAAACUUUUCAAAAUAUAAGCAAGAAAGUGUGAUCUUGCUAUUGCAUGGCGGCAAAGUCAAUUAAGUUUAUAUGUACAAUUGUUUGCUACAGAUGUGCAGUUCUCAGAAUUCCCAACUGCAGUCCAUACACAAUAUUUCAUAGAUGCUUACAUGUACAUUUCAUCAGUACUUAAUAGAAAAAAAGUUGUCAUUAAUUCACUUUUUGGAAGAAAAACAUUUAUAAAGCUUUUUGACUCGAUGUGGUUGGUGUGAAAGGUGUAAAUACUUUAAUAAAGGGCUUGAAGAACCUAGUGUGCUUAGACCAUGUCAGAUAGAUUUGUGCCGUGCUCUGUGGAAAGGGGGUUUAAUGUGUGUGCGUGAAGUGUCGUCCCAGAUUAACCUCUGCAGUCUGCACAGGCUAAUCAGGGACGACACUUUCUGCCUAAACUGGAUUUUUGCUAUGAAGGGACUUUCUUCAAAUGAAAAAUAUCAUAAAAGUGGAAAUUGUCGUCCCUGAUUAGCCUUUGCAGACUGCACAGGCUAAUCUGGGACGACACUACGCAUGUGCAUUAAACCCCCUUUUCACAGAGCAUGGCCCAUUUAAUUAUUUUGAUAUUUAUUAUACAUUACUGAGUACAAAAUUACGAUUUUGAAAGAAUACCAUGUAGAACAUCUGACUAGUUUAUGAUUGAAAUAUUACAAACUUGUGAUUGGUUUAAAUGCUUCUGACUAGUUUAUGAUUGAAAUGUUACCAACUUGUGAUUGGUUUAAAUGCUUCUGACUAGUUUAGGAUUGAAAUGUUACCAACUUGUGAAUGGUUUAAAUGCUACAGACUAGUUUUUGAUUGAAAUGUUAACAACUUGUGGUUGGUUUAAAUGCUUCUGACUAGUUUAUGAUUGAAAUGUUAACAACUUGUGAAUGGUUUAAAUGCUACUGACUAGUUUAUGAUUGAAAUAUUACAAACUUGUGAAUGGUUUAAAUGCUUCUGACUAGUUUAUGAUUGAAAUAUUACAAACUUGUGAAUGGUUUAAAUGCAUCUGACUAGUUUAUGAUUGAAAUAUUACAAACUUGUGAAUGGUUUAAAUGCUUCUGACUAGUUUAUGAUUGAAAUGUUACCAACUUAUGGUUGGUUUAAAUGCUUCUGACUAGUUUAUGAUUGAAAUGUUACCAACUUGUGGUUGGUUUAAAUGCUUCUGACUAGUUUUUGAUUGAAAUAUUACCAACUUGUGGUUGGUUUAAAUGCUUCUGACUAGUUUUUGAUUGAAAUGUUACCAACUUUUGAAUGGUUUAAAUGCUACUGACUAGUUUAUGAUUGAAAUGUUACAAACUUUGUGAUUGGUUUAAAUGCUUCUGACUAGUUUAUGAUUGAAAUGUUACCAACUUGUGAUUGGUUUAAAUGCUUCUGACUAGUUUAUGAUUGAAAUGUUACCAACUUGUGAAUGGUUUAAAUGCUUCUGACUAGUUUAGGGCUGAUUUAGUCUCCAGUGUUCAUAUUUUUGUGAAGAUAUAAUUUUGUUGAUUGUUUGCAAUAGAAUGCAUUUGUUUUGAUGGUUAUAUAUUUGUUUUAUUUGUUGUCAACUUUACAUGCUAUUUAUUAAGUCUGUAUAACUUAAAAAAGAUACAAGUAUUUAUUGAGUUGUAUAAAUUUUUACAAAUCACAUAUAGUAUAUUGAGAAAUAUUAAAUCAUACCAUUUUGGGUCAAAUUUCAACUUAUGGACCAGAAAAUAUGCAUCUUCAUAUUUAAAAAUAUUUAUUCAAUGAGGAUGUUCGAAUGGAUGUGAUCUAUACAGUAUUGAUUUACAUUGAUUCUAAAUUGUACACAUAUUAUACAAGCCCUAUUACAGGCUAUGCUAUGUUUGUCAUUCCAAUAUGGCGGCCAUUCAUGGCAGGGGAGUAGGGCUUUGUCUUAUCUAUUCUGGUGGGAAUUCCCACAUAGUUGAGCUGAAAAGAAAAAUAAGCCACGUAUUACAUGUAUAUUUAAAUUGUUUAAAGGAUAGUUUAAAAGACUCGGUCUGAACUUGUUUGCUAUGUAUAUAAUAUUUAAACUGGUUUGCGCAAAAAUACCAGUCAUUAGUAGGAAAAGAUUUUGUGUCAAUAUUUAA